GAUGCUUCUCCUUCCUCUCAAACCGUCUCCUCCAAAUGGGAGGUGGCGUGGUCCUGGUACUUGUCCAACACCCGGAACUACAUAGUAGCAAUGAUCGAUGCCCGAGGCUCAGGAUUCCAGGGAGUGAGAAUGAGGCGAGAGAUACAGAGGCGAAUCGGACUUAUCGAGGUCCAAGACCAAUUGGCUGUUCUGACGUAUCUCCGCGAUACCUUCAAGUAUAUCGAUCGGGAGAAAAUCUGUGUGGUUGGCAAAGGCUACGGAGGCUACGUUUCGGCCAUGAUGCUUCUUCAGGAUUUCCACCAAGUGAUCAACUGUUCGGUCAGUGUGUCGCCGAUUACCAACUGGAGAUAUUACAACUCCUUCUAUACAGAGAAGUACUUGGGGCUCCCCUCGAAGCAUCCAUUGGAGUACGAUAACGCAGACUUGACCCUCAAAGCGGCCAACAUGAACAAUCGGAACUUUUUCCUUAUCUAUGGAACGGCAGACACUCGAGUCACUUCGCAGCACGCCGUAAUGUUAGCAAGGACACUGAUUGACCAGAAUAUUCUAUUCCAGCAACUGGCUUACCCAGACGAGUCCUACCACUUCAACCAGAAGGCACUUCUUCACAUGUACAAAGAGAUCGACUUGUUCUUCAACGAUUCAUUCGGUCCGGUUAUCGAUCAAUGGGUCGAAGACACCGGAUUCUUCAUUUAAUACUCGGCCAGGCCACUCACUCUUGUCCUCAUUUCCCUUAGAUUAUCACAGACGUUGAAAUUAGCUCUUCCAAAUGGGGUGUUGCGAACACCGAAAGUAUAACGUGUACAUGCCAUGCCAAUGCAUACCAAAGAUAUUUUUGAUAACCGAUUGUGAAUCGUAGAUAUUCCUAAAUUCGCUUAGUUUUGUAUAGUAAAAUUAAUUCCAUAAAUGUGAUAUUAAUUUUUAUAUGUAUUGUGUUAUCGUGAGUGAUCUUACACAUGAUGGGCUUAAUGGUAACGGUUAAUCUACCGAAACAACACUGGCCUUGUCACCUAGAAAUGACCAGAUUGAGAUCAUGUUCUUAGUCUCAGUUAUCACAUUGAAUACAUCGAAAUUCCAUUGACGAAUUUCGUUCAAGUAGGAGUAGUUGAUUUGUGGGGCAAUUUAACGCUGGAAAGUCGCGAGCCCAUUGAUACUGUACUGGAAACUUACGGAUAUUUUGAUACCGAAAAUAAACCAUGGUCUUAUGGUGUAGAUUAUAUGUUUAUAUGUGCCUAAUUGUAUAGCUUUAUUAGGGAAAGAGUUUAGUUAAGGACGGACUUUUAUGCGGAAAAUUGGUUCGAGGGCGCCACUUUUCAAGGCAACUAGUAUGAAAACCAAGGAGUGUUUUGCAAAGGUCGCAAGAGUCAAAUCUUCCUAAUCAUUGAUGCUGGACAAAAUUGAAACUAGAGCAAGCAGCAACUUGUAAUUUUCACGCCCGUUUGCACAUACUUGAGUCUCAAGAUUCGGGAGUUUUUAUCAAAAUCAUAUAAAUUCCUGAUUUUUGCCAGCUUAGUAAAUGCAGUUUACGCACAAAAAGCACUCUCUCGCAUAAAAAUUUCUGCCUGCCGAACGAGAGGAAAUAAAAGCUUGCAAUUUGACGCGUUAUCACACAGUUGCUCCUAGCUACUGUGGAAUUUUCACCUAAAUUGUGCAUAAUGUUGAUUUUUGCUAGUUAGUGAAUAUUGGUGUCAAAUUGCAUGUUUUCACCCAACUUCACUAUCAUUUAAAAAUUCGUCACUACCGAACAAAGGCAGUGACGGAAGCAUUAACGAAACCUUUGCAAAAUAUUUUCAAAGAAUUUCGAUCAAAAGACUGGGCAAUUUUCAUCGAAGGCGUGCGAGAUCCGGACGAAAGCAGGCAGGAUUUUUGGCUGUCUUUAACAAAAUUGCAACUUUGAAACUGUAUCAAUGAAAUCUUGGGUUUUUUGGCCGUUAUUAGCCUGUGUGUUAUGAGCUUUUUAUCAAUAUCGGCAAUAACCUUGAUUUUAGCAACUAAAAAAAUUAUAUUUCCUAUCAAUCACGCGCUACAAUUUCAAAAAUGUAUAACUUCCACCCCAGAGCAAGUACCAAGUCGAAACUUCCACAGUCGAUAAAGAACAUUUCGCCCUCAGCAAGGUGCAGUUUUCAGUUGAAAACAGAUAAACUUAUUUUUUUUACAGUUUUCGUUACUUGCGAUUGGGCAAAGCAAAGAGUUGCUUUGAAUUGCUCUGAAUUUUCUACCGAUUUUAUGCAGACUAACGAAAUUUUCAUUUUUAUCAAGCUGUUUGGUAUUGCUGUUCCCUUCCAACCACACAUUUAUAAUUAAAUUAACCGAAACGAGAGCGGGCAGGAUCGUGUAGUUUUUCCAAUCUUUUGCAUACACCGGGGUCUAAAGAUGGUAGCAAUUUCUUCCAAAUGGUUGAAUAUCCUGAUUUUUUCCAGCUUAAUAACCGUUGGUCUCAAACAGCAUAUUUUCACGCAAACUGCGCUCUCAGCCCGAAAAAUUCGUAACUGCCGAACUGAAACAACUAGCAACUUGAAAAUUUCACGGUCUUUAAAAACUUUUGAAGCGAAACUCUUUGAAUUUCCUCACACGAAUUGGAGAUCAUGAUUUUGGACAGCUUUGUAGAAACUUAAAUAAAAGUGGAAGUUUCCAGUUACCUGAUUUUUUUUUGAUUUGCAGCUGGGAAACUGGACCAAGUGGCAACUUGAGUUUCUCGGCGCUCAUUGGACAAAACUUCUGUUUACAUAUUUUAAACUUUAUGAAAAUAGCAGCGAUAAUCUCGAUUUCCAGCAACUUCCUAAAUAUUGGUGUCAAAAUUGGUGUUUCCGCUAACCACGCGCUCCAACUUAAACAUUUAUAACUUCUAUGCUAGAUCCAACAGGAUCUUGCAAAUUUUACAGCCUUUCGCAUACACAUCAGUCUAAAGAUUGUAAAAGUUUCGUUUAAAUGGUCAAUAAUCCUUGUUUUCGCUAACUUUGUAACGGUUGGUCUCAAAAUGCAUCUUUUCACUUAACUUCUCAAGUUUAAAAAUUCAUAACUGCCGAACCAAAACAAGUAGCAACCUGAAAUUUUCACAAUUUUUUGCAAAUUUGAAUCGAAACACUGUGGAAUUUUCAUUACACGAGUCCAACAUCCUGAUUUUUGACAGCUUUGUUUUUGACUGUAUUUAAAAAAUUGCAACUUUCAAACUGGAGUAAUCAAAUCUUGAGUUUUUUGGCCGUUAUUACUCUGUAAAUUUUUGAGCUUUUUGCCAAUAUCGACAAUAACCUUGAUUUUAGAAACAAGAAAAAUUAUAUUUCCUCUCAACCACGCGCUCCAACUUCAAAAAUUUACAACUUCCUCAUCAGAGCAAGUACCAAGUUCAAACUUGCACCGUCAAUAAAGAGCAUUUGGCCCUCGGCAAGGUGAAGUUUUCAGUUGGAAAACAGAUAAACGCGAUUUUUGUUACAAAAAGUUGCUUCGAAUUGCGCUGAAUUUUCGACCGAUUUUCUGCAGACUAGCGAAAUUUUAAGCGAAAGAGAAUGAGAUAUCUUUGCAGUGGAGAUGUUUGCUUUCUUUCGCAGGUGGUUGGAUGUAAGGACAGGCGAGGCCGCCCUACGUCAAGUAUAUUUACAAAUUUUGUUGUUAAAUGUUAAAUAAUUACAAAUAAUAUUGAAUAUAUUGUAUGUGUUAAUAACAAUUUGUCUACUAUAUGUGCAUUGUUUAGAAUGAAAUAAAUGGCUCAUUUAUAUUGAA